GAUCCAGUAUCCUCGAGCCACACGACCAUGGACAGAAUGACUAGGGACCAGCCCCUGACCAGACAAGAGAAGGUGAAAAUUGUGAGCAGUCUCUUGAAGCAGGCUCCGCCUGAAGAAUUCUGCGAGGCCUUCAGUGAUCUGCGCCUGCUGGUGGGCGAUGACAGCCUGAUGUGCCAGGAAGCUGCCUCCCUCUGUGCCCUGCACAACAAGCUCUACUUCACCCCAGUCAGGAUAAAGGAGUGUGAGGUGCUGCUGACCCGCCACAACGAGCUGGAGGAAGAACACUUCCUUGACUCCCAGAGACAGGUCUCUUUCAAAUUUGACCACCCGAGGAAAGAGGCAAGUGAGUUUCAGGCUCACCCACAGGAAGAUGAGAAAGGUGAGGCGUGGAGAAGGGCUCUCUAUGAGGGCCUGAAAGCAUACGUCAGCAGCCACUAUCCUGGGGGGAUUUGCAGUGUCUUCAUCAAGGAUACAGCCAUCCGGAAAAUCCUCAUCGCCUGCAUUGCAAGUCGUCUGCACCGGCCCUCCGCCUUCUGGAAUGGCCUGUGGAAAUCAGAGUGGACUUUCACCCUAACUCCCACUUCCACUUCCACCCAGGUGGCUGGGACCAUCAUGGUGCAGGCUCACUACUUUGAGGACGGCAACAUCCACUUGACAGUGUGCAAGGAUGUGGCAGAGAGUCUGCCUGUCACCACGGAAACCCAGACCUCCCAGGACUUUGUGAAACUGCUAGAGGAUGCAGACAACCAGUUCCAGGAUGGGCUGAUGGAAGAAUACCAGAGGAUGAGCGAUACCCACUUGAAGGCUUUCCGAAGACAGCUGCCCAUCAUCCACAGCACGAUCGACUGGGAGAAAAUAGUGACAGCUAAGAUAGUGGAGGCACCUGCUGUCCCAUGA